GCGCGCGUUCCUAGGACGCUCGCUCCCUGAACGCCGAGCCAGAGGCGACGAGGGACCUGGGGCCCGGCGUCUCGGGGGCAUUCGAGGCGGGACGAAGGCGUGGGACGGCACCUGGAGCGCAGCGCCUAGGUGAGGACGCGCCGCACCGUCGGCCCUGGUCUGCUGCCUCAUUGCGCCGCGGAAGGAGGAAAAAGUUUUCGGCGCUGAUCUGAUCGGCGAUGGCACAGAUUUUGGUGACGAGUUGCCCAGUGGACUGUGGAUUAGCGGCACUGUACCCGUUCCCGUCGUGAAGCCCACUGCGGAAACUCUGCUCUACACCGUGUUCUGAUCAGAGGCCAAAUAAAUGACACUCAGAACUUCCGCUGACAUACUAUAAGACUAUGUCAGAGAGUCACAAUGACCUUGCACAACAACGACACACGCUCGCCUUUCUUCCUGAACAUCAGCUCUUCCUGGACGCGUGGCUCCUCAGAUACAGGGCCGCCCCCAGGAAUCAUCACUCAUUUUGGCAGCUACAACAUUUCUCAAACAGCUGGGGAUUUCUCUUCUCCAAACGACACCACCAGUGAUCCUCUGGGAGGUCAUACCCUCUGGCAAGUGGUCUUUAUUGCGUUCUUAACCGGCAUCCUGGCUCUGGUGACCAUCAUCGGCAACGUCCUAGUGAUAGUGGCAUUUAAGGUCAACAAGCAACUGAAGACAGUCAAUAACUACUUCCUCCUAAGCCUGGCCUGUGCAGAUCUGAUUAUUGGGGUCAUUUCAAUGAAUCUGUUUACUACUUACAUUAUCAUGAACCGAUGGGCUUUAGGAAACUUGGCCUGUGACCUCUGGCUUUCCAUUGACUAUGUGGCUAGCAAUGCCUCAGUCAUGAAUCUUCUGGUAAUUAGCUUUGACAGGUACUUUUCCAUCACAAGGCCACUCACGUACCGGGCCAAACGAACAACAAAAAGAGCUGGUGUGAUGAUAGGCCUGGCUUGGGUCAUCUCCUUUGUCCUUUGGGCUCCUGCCAUCUUGUUCUGGCAAUACUUUGUUGGGAAGAGAACUGUGCCCCAAGGGGAGUGUUUCAUCCAGUUCCUCAGCGAGCCCACCAUCACCUUUGGCACGGCCAUUGCUGCCUUUUAUAUGCCUGUCACCAUUAUGACUAUUUUAUACUGGAGGAUCUAUAAGGAAACUGAGAAACGUACCAAAGAGCUUGCUGGGCUGCAAGCCUCUGGGACAGAAGCAGAGGCAGAAAACUUUGUCCACCCCACAGGCAGUUCUCGAAGCUGCAGCAGCUAUGAGCUUCAACAGCAAAGCUUGAAACGCUCUACCAGGAGGAAGUAUGGCCGCUGCCACUUCUGGUUCACAGCAAGGAACUGGAAGCCCAGUACUGAGCAGGUGGACCAAGACCAAAGCAGCAGUGACAGCUGGAAUAACAACGAUGCUGCCGCGUCCCUGGAAAACUCUGCAUCCUCUGACGAGGAGGACAUAGGCUCAGAGACAAGAGCUAUCUACUCCAUUGUGCUCAAGCUUCCAGGUCACAGCACCAUCCUCAACUCCACCAAGUUACCCUCGUCAGACAACCUGCAGGUCCCCAACGAGGAGCUGGGGACAAUGGCCUUAGAGAGGAAAGCCAGUAAGCUGCAGGCCCAGGAGAGCAUGGAUGAUGGUGGCAGUUUUCAAAAAAGCUUCUCCAAGCUUCCCAUCCAGUUAGAGUCAGCAGUGGACACAGCCAAAGCCUCUGAUGUCACCUCCUCAGUGGGUAAGACCAUGGCCACUCUACCUCUGUCCUUCAAGGAAGCCACUCUGGCCAAAAGGUUUGCUCUGAAGACCAGAAGUCAGAUCACUAAGCGGAAGCGGAUGUCACUCAUCAAGGAGAAGAAGGCAGCCCAGACCCUCAGUGCCAUCCUGCUCGCCUUCAUCAUCACCUGGACCCCCUACAACAUCAUGGUCCUGGUGAACACCUUCUGUGACAGCUGUAUACCCAAAACCUAUUGGAAUCUGGGCUACUGGCUGUGCUACAUCAACAGCACCGUGAACCCCGUGUGCUAUGCCCUGUGCAACAAAACAUUCAGAACCACUUUCAAGAUGCUGCUACUGUGCCAGUGUGACAAAAGGAAGAGACGCAAGCAGCAGUACCAGCAAAGACAGUCAGUGAUUUUUCACAAGCGUGUGCCGGAGCAGGCCUUGUAGAAUGAGGUUUUGUCAACAGCAAUGACCAAAUGCACACAUCAACCCACAAACCUUAGGAGGGGGAUAAGGCAAGGGUAGAGUGAUUUCUGGUGAUGAUAAAAAAUGUUUUUUAUCACCCAGAUGUGAAAGAAGCUGCCUGUUUACUGACCCAUUGGAUAAACCCAUUUUAAUACAAAAAGUCAAAUGCCAAUUCAGCACAAAAAAAGCAUGUUACUGAAUAUAAGGAAAUUUAUUCUGAAGUACACUUUAAGUGUUUUUUUCUUAAAGAGGAAAAAGAGUUGUUUCAUAGCAAUUAUACACCCAAAUUGAUCUGCUUGGUUCUUUUCGUUCCCAUUAGUUCUGGAAUCUUAGCUAAGCUAAACUAGCUGGCCCAGUUGCCACGUUCUUUACAAGAACCCCGAAAGUGUUGAUACAGAUCCCUCGUGGAGCACGUCAGACUAGUGCAUCCAGGGUUCUAAAUCUACUUCAUAUAUUGCUAAGCGGGAUCUUCUUGUCCAAGUAGGGCUUUUUGUCUUCUCUUUGGUGUAUCGCUAAACUCUAUUUGUGGACUUGAUUAUUGAUUCCUGCAAAGUACUGUUUCAUGCAGUUCAAGUUUCUUACAAAUAAAAAUAUAUAAGUGUG